UGUAGAAAUCUUUUAAAAUAACAAAUAUUAGAUAUUAAAAGGCUUCAUCUAAUGUCUUUCCUGCUUCAAAUGCUGUGCAUUCUGGAGCUUCACCAGUGUGAGGCAACUUCUCCCAUACAGUGACAUGUGCAUACUCAUCAUCUCCAAUUUUAAUCUUAACUUGCCAAUUUGUUCCUGCUACGACCUGCUUUGAGUAAUGAAUAACUUCAAAAGUAUCAAAAGAUGUUCCUGCUUUGGCUUCUAUUUGAUCUUUCCAUCCUGAGAUUUUAGUCAAGCAAUCAGCAUCUGCUUGUACGUGGCUGAAUCCUCCCAUCAUCAUUUUUUAUUGAUUUUUCUUAAUUAAUAUUUUAU